AUGGAUUUAGAAUUAGAAGCAGAUAGAUCAAUCCCUUUUACAGUAGAAGGUUAGAGUUUACUAAAAGAAUUUGAAUGCACAGUGUGCUAGCUGUACAUUAAGCAAGCUCAUAUAACUAAAUGCGGUCAUGUUUUUUGCAAAGUUGAUAAUAUUUAUAAUAUUUAGUUUGGUUUGACUGUAAAUGUUUUCAUUAAUUAUUUUUAGGAAUGUAUAUUUGAAUCAAUUAAUAGACAUCAUAGAUGCCCAUUCUGUUCAACAGAUUUAAAAGAAAAUGAAGUGAUAAAGAAUUAUCAUUUUGAUAAUUUGAAAAAUGUGAUUUUGAAGGCUUAAGAGGAGUACAAAAAUAGCAUAAUAAAUAGAGCUUUUAAUAAAAGAGACUAAGAAAACUAAGAAAGUCCAAUAUUAAGUAUUUUCAAAGAUAAUUUGAGGGAAAUCAUUUUACUUUAUGAGUCUAAAUUCAAAGAAAUAAAUUAAAUAUUUUAAGAAAAGAAAAAAAUAAUUGAGAAGUAACUUGAAAAUUAAUUGUAACUUUAGAAUUAGUUAUCUGACUAAAUUCGAGCACAGAGUUAGCAAUUCGAGAAUUAAAAAAUAAUAAAAUUAGAUUAAGAAUAAAAUGAAAUCUAAAAUCAUUUAAUAGAAAACUUAAAUAAGUAUCUGAAAACAUCUUUACCUAAACCCGAUAUACUAGAUUUAAGAGUCAAAUUAAUUAUUCCUAAAAAGAACCUUUACUUAGAAAGCUUUAUUUUGAAACCUUAUGAUUAGAUUUCAGAUUUUAAGCAAACAUUAAUUUAAAUAUUUAAAAAAAAUAAUGAUCCAAUUGAUGAAUAAAAAUUAGAUUUAAGUAAAAUUUUUGUUAUAUGUUUACCUUUGGCUGCUGAUAAUGAAGAAUAGAUAAACAAAAUAAGCAAGGAAAAUUUUAAAGAUGAGUAAAAUUUAAUAUAAUUUGUUUAGUAAAGUGGAAUUACUGCUUAAGUAAGAAAUCUUACAUCUUAAGAAGCUUUUGUUCAAUUAUAAAUAUAAUAAGGAUCUACUAUUAUUAUUUAAGGAAAUAUUCCAAGCAAUUCUGAUAAACCUCCUACCUGCUUAACCUAUAAAUUUUAAUAAAAUACUACAGUAGAUUACUACACAUGUGUAUAAUGUAAUUUAAACUGGAUUUGCUAGUCAUGUGCGUUCUUUUGCCAUAAAGAACACAAUACAGUUAUCUAAAUUAAAAAUCAUUUAGCUUCAUGGGCUUGUUGCUAUUGUGUUACUAAAAAUAAAUGCAAGGCACUUAAUAAAAAUUCAAAAUGA